GGAAGAAACUCAGCAGUCAGAGUGUGAAACAGAGCGGCUUCACACAGGCACUGUGUCAGCUUUCAGCUCUCGAAUUGAUUCCUUUUCAGAGGACAAAGAAAACUGGCAGGUUUGAGCUGGAUAUGAAGCAUCUGUUUUGUGUUUGCUCAAGGAGGUGAAGCCCAUGAGGGCUAUACACACCAACUACAGUUUAGAGGACCUAGAGGACUUCUGUAGGUGUGGAAUAAGGUUCCCAUAUCCGCUGGAUGACUGAGGGACAAUUCAGCGGACGCUGACAUGGACUGCGCGGAGGUCAAAAGUGAAAGCCCAUCGGAGGAGCAGCUGGAGCCCCUUCUCAUUCUCGAAGAGGGGGACGAGCCAGAGGAGUUCACAAACAACACGGCCAGGGAGAAAGGCGUGCUGAGGAUGAAGAAGACAGAUGAAGACGUGGGAGGAGACGGCAGUGGAAUUAAAGGGAGUGUGGAGAAAGGUGUGGAUGCUAAUACUAAAGUGGAAGAAGGUAAGAGUGAGGAGGUGGAUGUAGAAGCAAAUGAGAGGAAGGUGGAGAAGAUAGAAGGUCAACAAGAAGAGGUGUUGGAAAACGAGGGUGGUGGGCCUGAACGAGUGGCAGGAACUAAGGGGAACUUGUCAGACGGAAGGCAGGAGGAUUCCGAGGUGAGCACAGUCGAGCCUGGAGCUGGACUGGCAAGAAUGGAGAAGGUAGCAGGGAAAGAGGUGGAAGGACCUCUUCUGGAGAUGGACAUAGUGGCUAAAGAUGAGCUGCAUGUGGCUCCUGAUGUCCAGUCAUCAACUAAACUACGGCCCAGAGACCGCCUUAGGCCUGAAGAUGCUCAGCAGAAGGUCCACAGGUUGUCCCCAGAUUUCCCGGACACUCUGUACGAGCUGCUGUGCACCCUGCAGGAGGGACGGCGGCUGAACGACCAGCGCUGCUCCUUCAGACUAGAGGGACGGAGGAGGUGUUACUCUGAACCCAGCACCCCCCGCCACAGCCAGAAAGUGGUGUUCUCGUCCAUGACCUCGCUGCAGAAGGAGGAGUUCUUUGACUUUCUGGCCACCUCCCAAGGUCGUCGGCUGGACGACCAGCGCGCAGACUUCCAGAACCUUUCCCCAGUCCCCUCGUCCCCGGAGCCUCAACACUCCUCCAGCCCCCCCAUCGCCAGCACCUCCACCACCGCCAUCGCCUCCACCGCCGCCACCGCUGCCACCGCUGCCACCGCUGCCACCGCUGCCACCGCUGCCCAGGCCAAAGCCAAGCCUAGGAAAGGCAGCUGCAAGGCCCUGGAGGCCAGCCAGACUGUUCCCAGACCACCACCCAAGGAGGAGCUCUAUAACAUGAUCCUCACCUCCCAAGCUCAGGGCCGUUUGGAAGAGCAGCGUAGCAAGCCCCCGGGCCCUAUGGAUGAUGAAGAUUUCUUCUCCCUGUUGCUGAAGGUCCAGGGAGGGAGGAUGGAUGAGCAGCGGACGGAGCUGCCGGUAGCACUUAAGUAUUGAGAGACACGGUGGCUAGCGCUGUGGAAUAGGACACGGGCACUAUGUCUCAGAUGUGCCUGAAACGUGCUUUUUAGUUACGUUUGAGGAUCUUUUGUUGUUCAAAAAAAAUAACAGCGUGAUUUACAAAUGCAGAAA